AUGAAGACGACGAUGAUAGAAGAACCAGAACCAAAGCAAGCAGAGGAGGAGGAAGCACUACUAGUACCAGUAGUAGCUUCGGCAAGAGAAGACGAUGAUGCGUUCUACCAUGAAGUGUUACAAGAGAUGCGUGCGCGUCGUUUGGAGAAGCGUGACGAUAGUUACAUGAACUCCGACAUGACCGAGUCGACUUCCAGCAUGCACUCGUUUCUGUCCUGGGCGAACUCUACUACAUGUACAAUGUCAUGUAGUACUAGUACUAGUAGUAUUCAAGCUCAAAAUCAAAUGGACGACUCUCUCUUGUCGCACUCGUCUCGCAUCAGUCUUAUUAAUAAUAAUAGUACUGCUGAACACGACGAGAAUCAGUACUGGCGGGACCUCCGACUAGGCAAAGCUCCGUAUUUGCCGCGUAGCUUCAGUGGCCAAUGCCAUGGAGGAGAAGAGAAAGAAAGAGGUCUAGAUCUGCUAGUACACGUACAUGUACAUGUACCAGAUCUACUCUCCAAGCUCACGAAAAAAGGAACUUCCAAUCACACAAGAGACAGCUGCAGAGACAUAGACAUAGAUCGACCUUGUGAUUUUGGACCCUUCUCAGAAAGUGUGCGUCUAUAUAGAUUCUCGGAGACGGCGCUACACCAACUGGCUUUUGAAGGCCACGAUUUCAUCAAGCUGCAAAAGUCACUCCGCAAGCAAGGGGCAGUCACAAAUGCUCUACUCAAACAAGUCCUACCUAUGGUAGUUCUUCAGAGUCAAAGAAGACGCAGAGAAAAACAAAGACUAACACAGACACAAACACAGACACAAACACAAGCAAAACCCAUGGACCAAAUUAGGGAGGAACAAUCCAAAAUGAGAAAAUCUCCCCUGCCUUUUCUAGCUCAGGCUUUCUCAUUCAACCAGAACCAGAACCAGCAACAAUAG